AUGCUUCCUCCGUUUUGCGCCCAGGCGGCGGCGCUGAGUGUACGGCAGCCCAAGGCGACCACCGAGCCCACGGUCGCCACCGAGGCGCCGGAGCCGCCCGCCGCGCCCGACACCUCGCCGAAAAUGGAGGUCGAGCCGGCAGCGCCCGACGCGCAGGCGCUCGCGACAGGAGCCUUCUACCAUAAACCACUACCACGGCUGCCACCGUCGGCGCCUUCGCUCGAGCUCUCCGAGGCCGCGUUCUGA